AUCUAUAACUUCAUUCAUUUUAGACAUAGUCUCUCUAAUCUGUGAGUCUUUGUAAUCUGUAAUCUAUAUUAUAUGUUAUUUUAUUUGUGUAAAAUAUUGUUUUGAAUGAAUUUUUCGAAUAAAUUACGUAUGGGCCUCCUUCAUUGGAGACCCCUUCAUAGAUGUAGUAGUAAUAUAGCAAGAACCCCAAGAAAUGAAUAUCUAUUGGAAAGUCUUCGUAAAUAUUUAAAUAUAAGUGAGCCUAAAGCUGAAUUUAUGUGCUUGAAAUAUCCUGUUGUAAAAAGAUUAGAUGAAAAGAGCAUUAUACAUAUGAUAGAAAGUGUACAUAAACUUGGAUUUUCUAAAAAAAUAUUAGUAGAUGAGCCGUCUCUUUUCAGUUUACUACCAGUUACAUUGAUAUUUCGUUACAGAGUUUUACAAGAAUGUGGCUUUGUUGACAUACAACCAGCUGAUUUAUUAGGAUACUUGCCUUUGGUAAAACAGAAAAGUAUUGGGGAGUUAAAGAAGAUGGGGUUGAUUCCCUCUCAUAUAAACUUAGAAAAUCGAUUAGCUAGUCAUAUGACUCAGUGGCCUACAUCACUCACUAAUUUGAUUUAUGAAGAUGUCAACAAGUAUUCAUUAUACAUUUUACGCCUUAAAAUAAUUCAAAGAUAUCUGGAACUCCUUUUGGAUAUUAGCAUAGAAGAAUUCUAUAGAGGGGUAAAAACUUACCCAACAAUUAAACAUCGUCCACUUAAAACAAUUAAUGAGACAUUAAAUAUUUUGCAGUCACAAAUUAUGGUGCCAAAUUAUAAAAUAAAAUCAAAUUUUUAUUUAAUUCAUGCCGAUCCAGAUAAUUUAAAGAAUAUAAUUCAUAAUUUUAAAACAAUUGGUGGUAUUGAUAUUAAAGAAAUAAUAAGACUUCAUCCAAAGUUAGCUACUAAAAAUUAUAACACCCUUGUGGAAAUUAGAAAAGUGUUACAAGAAUAUAGUAUAAGCAAUGAGGCACAACGAAGAUGUUUUGAUAUAUAUACUCUUAGUCCUACUACUAUAAAGGAGAGAAUUGAAUCUGCUAAGAAAAUACCUGAAUUUUCUACAUUCUUCAAUCAUCCAAGAUUUCUGAAAAUGAUACACUAUAAAAAAACAGCAAUGAAGAGAUUGGCAAACUUAUACAGUAACAAUAAAAAAUGUCUCAGUUUAAAUAUCCUAUCUGGUAGUUCUGCUCACUUUGAAACAUUUGAGAAAACACCUGGUGAUCGCCUGGGAAAAGGUAAAGACUUGAUAUUCUGUAUAUCGCAAUGCCUGGAAAAUGACUACAGUGCAAGUGAUAUACGAAAAUUGAUAAAAAGACAUCCUUUUUGGAUCAAUAUUCCAUUAGUACAAGUUAAAUAUGUUUAUGAGCAGUUGUGUACGGAAUUCUCUAAGUCUGAUAUCUAUGAAAAUUGUUUUAUUCUUCUUUAUCCUUGGAGUAAGAUAAAAGAUAUACUUGAAGUUAUUGAUAGUCAGUCAACACAAAGACUACCUCAAGAUAUUAAUGAACAGUUAAAUAUAAACAAAUUGAACAAAUCAAGAAAAUUAAGUAUAGUUUUAUAUUUACUGGAAAAAAAUCAUUAUUUCUCUGGAAAUGGAGUAUGGAGUGAAGAUAAAUAUAAAAACAAAGUUGAUUUAACACAUUUAUAUGAAUCUGAAAAUUUAGAGUUAUCUACACAUACUUAGAUUUUUAAUAUAAAUUUGUUAUUAAU